AUGAACUUCUUAAAACACGAACAGGUGGGAACGGGCUGCAUCACGGCCAAUGGUCUUCACUUUCCCAAGCCAGGAUACUUGGGAUGGUACGGGUUUAAUGGGAUAAUUGAUGAGUUUAGAGUGUGGAAUGGAGUGUUGACGCAAGAUGAGGUAACUAAGCUGUCAAGUGGAGAGAAUGGAGUGGAAAUGCAGUUGUUGGCGUCGUUGAAAGUGACUGGACGUGUACCACGAGGAUCCAGAUGGAAUGUCAGCGUUGUUCGCUGUUCCAGUCCGAUAGAAAGUCGACAACUACAGAUGGUGAGAAGCAGAAAUCGACUUGUUAUUGUGCGACCGGAGCAAUUACCGGCUGAUACGAUCAAGACGCUGUGUAGUUACUUGACUGGGUUUGAUGCAUUCAACUUGUCCCACACGAACUUUUGGUGGAUGCAGUACUUUUCAGAUGGAUCAGUCUGGAAACGAGUCUUUGAUGCUACGACUGACACGCAUAUUGACCAGCCAGAUCAGCCGUGGAAGAAGCAGUACAUGACGUCGCGAGCGAUGUUGUUCAGCGGUCUGCAAAAUAGUGACGACCGACAGAUUGAUUCGUAUGCGUAUUUUACAUACGCUGGUCAUACGCAACGACGACAUUCUCGGUUCCGCUUAAACUUUCUAGGCAGUGAGAGCUUCAGCUUUGAUGUUUGGUUCAGUCUGCUGCCAGCCUCGGAUAAUACGUCGUUUGGCGGGAUUAUCUAUGGAGCUCAGUCGUCAAGUCGGGAGAGCCGAAGCUGGCCAUUUUACCACCAGCAGUUUGUGCUGAUCGCUGGUAUCAUCUCGCGCUGA